UUCGGAAGAAAGGGGAGGAAGGUCGGGGAGAAGGCGGAGCAAGGUUCGGAAGAAGGUUCGGAGGGAGGUUUGGAACAUGGGCGAGGCAGAUUCGUCAUCGAGGGGGAGGGAGGUUCGGAAGAAGCGGGAUGGAGGCACGGAGGAAGGGGGAGGGUGGUUCGAAAAAAGUGGGAGGGAGGGUGGGAAGAAGCAGGAGGGAGGUUCGGAAGAAGGGGGAGGGAGGCUUGUCAACAAGGGGGAGGGCGGUUCGGAAGAGAGGGUGGGAAGAAGCAGGAGGGAGAGGGGAGGAGGGAGGUUUGGGAAAGGGGCAAAGUGGGAUCUGACGAGACAUCAGGCGUGGUGUUCUCAUAAAAGUUUGUGCCCCUCCUCCUUCGUGGUGUCCUGUGCAGGCAGAAUGGUGAAGUCUGGCAGCGAUGCCAUCAAAAGGCACUUCACAGAGUUAGGUGUCACCGGUAACCCAGACAAAGGGAAUAAGAAAUGGAAGUGCCUUUACUGCGAGAGGGAAGUGACGGGAACUGCGUCGAGGCUUAGAAAACAUUUUGCAGAGGGAAGAUGGCACAUUUCAAAUGCGCGGGGGAUAUUCACGCAGGCAGAGAAGGAGAGGAGGUUGCAGGGGCGAGCAGAGGCCAUUGCGUUGGUGAGGGGGGUAGGAGAGGUGCCAGGAGAUGACACAGGCUCGCAGUCGGGCAUCGGAGAAGCGGAGGACACUCCUGCGAAUGAGACACCCAUACCUACACCCACAUCCACAGAACCGUCAACGUCCAGAACUCGACAGACUGUUUUGCAGGAUGGGGUUCAUAUCGUCACCAAAAACGAGGAAACUCAAAGGACGAUCGACAACUGGAUGACGUACCAUGGAAUAUCAUUCAACAUGGUACGAAGUCCAUACUUCUUGGCCAUGAUCGAUGCUGUGCAUAAUGCACACGCAUCAUUCAAAGUCGCAAGUUUUGAGGAGACACGCACUACAGGCGUGUCGAUACAGCGUGGGAGGGUUGGUGUCGAGGUGGAAAGGCUGCAGGCGCGGGAAUGGCCAACCACUGGAUGCAUGGUGCAAAUGGAUGGCUGGACUGAUCGACGGCAAAGGCCACACGUAAAUAUUAUGGUGUCCUACCCUGCCGGUGUCGUUUUUUGGAAGUUGGAGUGCUUAGUCAGAAGAGAGAAGGGGGCGGCGGCAUAUAAUGCAAUCUUAUCAAAGGCGAUCAGAGAGAUUGGGGAGAAGUCUGUCGUUGGCGUCAUAAUGGACAAUGCGCCGGUUGUGGCGGUUACAAAAUUCUUUACGAACCAUCAGAAGGUGCGGGAUUUGUUCCAAUGGCACUUGAAUGGGAAGGAGCUUGCGAAACCGGGCGCCACAAGGUUCGCUACGAACUUCAUCAUGUUAACUGCAUUGGAGAGGUUAAAGAAGGCACUGAAGGACACAAUUCGUGACGACGCGUUCGUCGAGACAAUAGUGCCCCACGCACAGCGCCCGCUAUUGCGUGAGGCGCAGCAGUUGGUGUUUGAUGAAGAAGGUUUUUGGAAGCCCAUCGAAAAAGUCCAAGCUGCAGCUUUGGACUUUGUCUUGUUGCUGCGCUUCGUUGACGGUCCAGGCCCCACGAUCAGCAAGGUAUACGCCAGGAUGGAUCGUGCUGUAGAGAAGCUGCGAGAGAAAGAGUGUCUUUCGCAGGUGCAGAGGGAGGAGAUUGAAGAAACAAUCAUGCGCAGGUGGAACACCAUGACCAGCCCUUUGCAUUGCGCAGCAUUGUUUCUGGACACGGAGGACAGGGGAACUAACCCGCAGCUCGACAAUGAAAUUAUGGCGGGGUUCUGGACGUGGGUGUACAGCUGGUGCGAAGAGAAGGAUUGCCCGAAGGUGGAAGUCGAGCUCAACAACUGGAUUGACAAGAAGGGAGCCUUUGGCACACUCAAAGCGUUCGAUGCAGCAAGGGAUGAGCAGUCGGGAAGAUGGUGGAGGCGCUGGUGUUAUGAGUUGCGUCUGCUGCAGCCGCAGGCUAUCCGCUUGCUCGGGCAAGAGAGUUCCACAUCAGGCUGCGAACGGAACUGGAGUCUCUUUGAAGCCAUCCAUUCGCGGCCUCGAAAUUGCCUUGGUGCAGAGACACUGCAAACUCUGGUAUUUAACCGCUAGAAUAUGCACCUGCUGAAAAACAUUCAUCAAAUGCCACGGGAGC